GAAGUUUGUUUUACCGCCCUCCUUGAAGACAUUCUCUCUCUCCUCUCUGUAAGACACUUCGUUUUCUCUCUGCGAUCGUCUCUUCCUCGUCAAUCGAUUAAAAACAGGAGUAACAAAAGAGCUUUCUGCAGAUUGAGACCCUAAUCUUCUUCACCUCUCUCCUUAUCUCUUGGAAUCGGCGAUUUUUCCCGUUUAUCUAUUUCGAUGAAUUCUGGAAUCCAAGUAUUUCCCCUUUGAGGCCCAAAUCUGAGUUGCUGAACGCCUUAGGUUGCGCAAAAACCCCUAGAAAUUGUCUCUUUCGAUCUCCAUAUGAGGUUGACCGAUACGAGUUUUUGACCUGUUGGCUGGAAAUUUCAGAUUUCCUUGGAAGCCGGUGCGACAUUAGGUCUAUGAUUCUUGGAUGAGCUGGUCAUUCGGUUUCUGCUGCAAGAUUUCACGAAAUUUCGUAGUUUUGGGCAAUGAUUUUAAAAGUAUAGCUAGAUUUUGUUGUGUCCGUGAAUCUUAAUGUACAUAUAGCUAGAUCGAGUUGACUGGAUUAAGGUUCUUCUGGUGGUGAAGCGCGGGUAUCCUUUUGAUUCUUUGGUUAGCUGGCAUUAUGAAUUUCCUUGGGUUUAGAUUGAUGAUGGUUACUGCUGAAAGCGGAGCAAAUGUUACGCCUGUAAUAUUGAAUUUGACUGUCAAGGUUCUACAAGAGUUCUGAAGAGGUUUAGGUUUUGCGCUGAUAGUCGAGAACUUCUGUAGAGGAAAUAAAUUAAGCGUCAGAUUGGUCAGGGCGAUAUUGUUAUACCACCUGCUUGCAUGAUGAGCGUAGACGAUAAACAACAGUUUGGAACGGAUUCGCUUGAUGAAACCAGUGAUGGAUCCAGAAAGAAACCAAGAAUUUCAUACAAGAGAGAGUUUCUUUUAUCGUUGAGUAGUGUUUGCAAGAAGCUCCCAAAGCUGCCAAGUGGAUUUGACAAAUCACUUUUACGUGACUCUGAAGAUCCUUUACCUGAACGUCGAAGAAUUUCUGGCGACUUUUCAUCUCAUGGUUUCAGGCGGAAUGAUAGUAGUUCAUCUCCUCCUGCCAGGGGUGAGUUGGGUAGUUAUUCUCGAGGAGCCCAUGGAAGAUGGGAAGGGCGUUCUGGUGGAUGGAAUGAUAAAGACAGUGAUUCGCAAUUUGACCGGGACUCAGCAGAGCCUGGAAGGCGUUACGGGAUGCCAUCUCGGGGGCCUUGGCAAGCUUCUGAGCAUGAUGGACUUCUGGGAAAAGGCUCUUUCCCCAGGCCAUCUGGAUAUGGUGCGGGCAGAUCUGGGCCAAGGUCUCAGUCUAAUGAUUUGCAUCAGCUGAAUAGAAGCAACGGGCCUUAUCAUCCUCCGCCCCCCUACAAGGCAAAACCUUAUUCACGGCGUGACACCAAAGACUCAUUCAACGAUGAAACAUUUGGUCCUUCUGACUCUGCAAGUGAAGACAGAGCAGAAGAAGAGAAGAAGAGAAGAGCUUCCUUUGAGUUGUUGAGAAAGGAACAACAUAAAACAUUCCAGGAGAAGCAAAACCUGAACCCAGAAGGACGGAAAAACGACUUUGACUUCACUGUACUGCCGGGGGAUUCCAAGGAAGAGAAUGGCCAACAAGAUACAAGCAAACAAGUCAGGGAAUUUUCGACGCUUCCUGAUUCUAAUAACACCGUGGCUCCCCUUCAAAAUACUACACCCACACCCAAACCACUAGUACCUCCUGGUUUUGGGAGCACGCUUUUGAAAAGGAAACAAGAAGCACAGCCUCCUACUGGAGUUUCUCAGCACGAGGAUAGUCUGUUGAAGUCCAAAGAGGGUCAUCUAUUGAAUGGAACGCCUGGUAAUAAUGAGGAAAAUACCCUGCUUAAUCAGACGGGGUCAAAUGAGCUGUUGAUGCAAAGUACAGAUGUCAAUAUCUCCACUAACACAAGUGAAAGGGCUGUCGAUUUGUCUACCGUUUUCGGAAUAACAGCUGAUAUAGUUGGGAAAGAUAAAAAUUUUGAGAAGCACUCCCACAUCUCAAGUGUUACUGAAGCUCCAGAAUAUUCUGAACAGAGUGAACAAGCUAUGACGAAGUUGGACCAGAAGAGAAGCUUGGGGAAUUCGGAUGGACCUUCAAUUCUUGAUAAGCUAUUCAAUACCGAUUUGAAUUUGAAUAGUGGCGACUCCUCUAAUGUUAUCGAGCAUCGUGCUGAUAAAGUAGAGGAGAUAUUGAGCCCACAAACCGUCAAAUCUUCCAAGUUCGCAUAUCUAUUUCAUGAAGAAGAUGGCAAACCACCUGAAGAUAUCUCAUCUAGCGAGCAGCCAAACGGCUUGCUCUCACUGCUUCAAGGUGCCAAUAAAUCCCAAACCUUUGAUGUAAAAUCUAAGGAUGAACUCUCAGCAAGGCUUCUCUUCCAAGGCUGUGACACUAAAAUCCCUGAUCAGUUGAGCAAUACUUCCCCAAGUAAAUCAGCAGCUGUUCCACCUGUCCUCACCUGUGAAGACCUUGAACAGUCUAUUCUGUCAGAAGUCAGUGAUAGCUAUUCUCCACCACCUCCAGCUAUACAAGACUCGGAUGUUUCUUCUGUGAGGACCAAACAGCAAAAAACAGAUGUUGAUGACCAGGCUUCGCAACACUUACUCUCUUUGUUGCAGAAAGGAGCAGGAGCAGGCCCAGAAAACCAAGCUGUGCAACCAAUGUCAAAAACAGAAAGUAGACCACCACCCACCGAGAAACCACCUAAAACUGGCGGAAUAUGCAGAGAGGCAGAUACAGGGAAGACUUUGACUCUUGAGACUCUUUUUGGGAGUGCCUUCAUGAAGGAACUACAAUCAGUUGGAGAACCUGUAUCUGCAAAAGCUGGAGUUUCUGAAGGUCACGGUUCGCCCCUUCCCAUCAAAAGUGAAGAUCUUCUCCUAGUCGGGGCCCAACUCAGAUUAGAUGGGAUUACCAAUGAACUGAGUCAAAGAGACCAAAUGAGCUCUGAUGUAGUUCGUGGAGGCCUAAUUCCUAAUGCAGACAAUCAAACCGGACUGGGCCCUAGGAUCAGUAACGUAAAGUCUCAGAUUGAGUUAAUGGCCUCAGUCAGUGUUCAUCAGGAUUCUCCUCCAUAUCAACAGUUUCCAGCAAACAUGAUUCGGCCACCUUUCCAUCAUACACCUGGUGGGGUUCCGGAGUUUGAUCGUCUUCCUCAUCCUAUCUUGCAGCAAAUGCAAAUGCCAAUGCGAGGCAAAAUGCCCCACCACUCCAUUCUGUUACAAGGAUUUGCCAAUGGUCCACCGCACCAUCACCCUCAUGCAAAAAAUCAGAUGUCAGGUGUAGUACCUGCCGAGCUUAACACAUCACAAGGCUUACCCCUUGCCCAUCGACAGCCCAACUUCGCUGGGCAUAACAUGCCACCACCAGUGCGAGAAGUAAACGGAAGUGAUCAACCAGUAUCACUGCAGAGACUCCUUGGGAUCGGCCCGAAGCAGAUUUCACCGAUGGGUCAAGCCAUUGACCUGCAUCAUCGGGGCUCCUUUGGUCACGAUCUGAACAUGAGUUUCGGGUACAGGUAGCUUUUUGUACACAGAGAAAGCCAAAUGUGAAGGUGUAUGACCAAACAAGUCGACAAGUAAGAAAAAGGGGAGAGGAGCGCCAAUGGCUUGACCUGUGUAAGUAAACUGAAAAAUUAACCAUUUGUGAUAUCUCUCUAUCUCCGCUUGUGAGAUCUUAUCUUUUUUUUUUUGGUAGUGGUUUCAGAGUUAUUUACCAUCCUGUGUCUUGGUGUCUGGUCUCGUUAUAUGUAUAUAUAAGUAAUAAAAAGCUGAUGAAGACUUGUCGGAGUAGAAAGACGUAGCGAGUGAGAGCGGAUGGUCUGAUAUUGUCUCCAUUUCAAGUGUUCGGUACGGUAAUGGGCCGAUAAUUGUUUUACGGCUCGCUUGGGUCUGGGACUCUGGGUAUUGGUGGGCACAAAUGCCCGAAAAUUAGGUAUGUGUCGGAUAUUCGUUUCACAGAUAACCAAUUUUAGAAUA